CCGCGACGCCGGUCUGCCGCCGAGCCGGCUGCCAGUUGCCUCGCAGAUCAGUCGGAGGAGUCGCAGUCAGUCUCUCUGUGGUCUGCUUCGCGGCUGCGGCUGCCGAGAGUGAGUGCGAGAGAGUGCGCACCCCCGACAUGGCCCUGCCGACAGGCCAGUGCGAUCUCCACCUGAGGCUCAGGGCGCUCGCCCUGGCCUUCCUCGUCCUCACCCUGCCCUACCACAGCUCGGUCGAAGCAUCUUGGUGGAUGCUCGGCUUGCCAAACAGCAUUCCCGGUGCCAACGAAGUAACGCCGAUGAACUACAAGGAAGUCUGCAAGACGAUGCACUUUCUCAACGAACGCCAAAAGGAGCUCUGCGUGAUCAACGAAAGCAUCCUCAUGUCCGUAGGCAUGGGGGCGAAACUGGGAAUCGACGAGUGCCAGCACCAGUUUCGCAUGAGCCGAUGGAACUGUACCACGAAUCGAGAUACAUCGAUGAUUUUUGGCAAUGUUCUCGCCAUUAGCAGUCGCGAGAAGGCGUUCAUUUACGCGGUGUCGGCGGCGGGCGUCGCGUACGCCAUAACCAAGUCGUGCUCUCGCGGAGAUAUGAACGAGUGCAAUUGCGACUACAGGAUGCGCGAGCGCCGCCAGCCCAAAGGCAACUGGCAGUGGGGCGGAUGCUCCGAUGACUUCCAGUACGGGGAAAAGUUCAGCAGGGAUUUCGUCGAUUCGAAAGAGAAUGCCGAAGAUGUUGAAGGACUCGUCAACUUACACAACAACGAAGCAGGACGGAGAACUGUGCGGUCGCGGAUGCUGCGGGUUUGCAAGUGCCACGGCAUGUCGGGCUCGUGCAGCUUAAAAGUCUGCUGGCGCAAGCUGCCACCCUUCCGCACGGUGGGCGAUGCGUUGCUGGCGCGCUUCGAGGGCGCCUCGCACGUUAAACUGAUCGAGCGCAAACGCAAGCGCGUCAAGAAGCUGCGUCCCGUGCACAAGGACAUGAAGCCGCCGAACCGCACCGAGCUCGUCUUCCUCGAGGAGUCACCCGACUACUGCGAACGCAAUGACACAUUGGGUGUGAUGGGCACCCGAGGUCGUCAGUGCAACCGGACGUCGAUGGGCAUGGACGGGUGCCGGCUGCUGUGCUGCGGCCGCGGGUACCAGACCAAAGUGCGCGAAGUCGAGGAGAAGUGUCAAUGUCGCUUCGUGUGGUGUUGCAGCGUCGAGUGCGAAAAGUGCCGCUACAAACGCGAGGAGCACAUCUGCAACUAAACCACUCACCUGGCUGCUCUCUAACCAUUUUCUUUACUGUCUAUUUCGCACGCUUUUGACUCUCAAUAUUCGGUUUCUGAGUUUGCCACUCGUGCUGAGGAAAUCCGUGCGCAUUUCGACACGUCAGCCGCACUUGUGAUAAUUAUUUUGUUUGGCGAUACUCUCUUUUUAAAUUAAAAUGCGCAGUUUCUAAUUUUUGUUAAAAUUUUUACAUCAAUAUAUCCAAUAAUUUCCGAUAAUACUAAUUUAAUGGUAAUGGUCCUUAGAGUCACACGAGGAAAGAACAAUGAAGUACCAAAAAGCAUUUCAAAAAAAUAAUUGGCUAUUACAUAUUUAAAAAAAUUCUGGCUCGUCACGCAUGUCCUCUUGUAAAUAUUUUGACUGCGAUUGCAUUAGCAAAAAUCUGUGUACAAAACUCUUGGAUAAUAUAUAGGGUGUCAUAAAAUAUACUCGCGGUCUUAUGCUUGUCUCAUCUUUUUAGGUGUAUAAUUUAUGGUGCGCGCUGAAAUUAACACCUCUGCCUCUCUUGUAGCCAUAAAGUUUGUGCUUAAUUGUGACAUGCAGCAAAAAUCCUAUACCAAAAGUCACUUCUCGCCCACUCGAUCCUUUUCCUAAGUGUACAUUUAAUGGGAGAAAUAAUAAUUCUCGAAUAUUGCCAGUUUGCAUUUUCGCCCACGACGUCGGUUGGUGGGGAAAAAGAUACAUCUUACUGUGUUUCAACGGAAAAAAAGAGCGCCUGCGUUUUCAAAAUUUAGCUCUAUGCUCCGUAUGUGAGGGAGAGCACACGCCGAUGGAAUUGAAAGCUGACUGAAUGACACAUUAUUAGUCACCUGCUGUAAUCGAGAUCGGAAAUCAGUCCAAAAGUACUUUUAUAGUAAAUGUGGUUUUCCCAGCGUGUAGUAAUAUUUAUAUGUAUUGUUAAAAAUUAAUAAUUUAUUUCUGUAAAAUGAAUGCAUUUAUUUUAUGAUUUAACCUUAGACGUUAGUGAUUUUUGUGAUCAUUUUGUACGCGAUCAUUUUAAAUAAUAAAAUAGAAAAAUGCUGAUGUUCACUUCACAAACACACGCAUUUCCCAAUUACGUAUAUCUGUAGUUUGUACAUGUAACUCUUAUUGACGUCUAGGAUUACACAGACUAUAAACACGGCUAAGAGAUGUUUUUAUUUCGUUCCGAUGCAUAGUAGGCUAGCGCUCCAGUUUAAAAAGUGGAAAUAUAUUUAAUUUGUAAUGGAAAACACUAAUUUUUAAAAUAAAGCAGCAAUAAAUUACGAAACAACUCGUGAAUCAUGUGCAUUUAUGGCUGGUCUUACUAUAAAUAAAAAGUGUCAACACUAA